CUAAAUUAAUUCAUGAGCUUCGUGUGUGCAUUUCUCCCCGCCCUCCAGCCCAAGAGGCUCCGGCGUGUCUGCGUGUCGUGCAAAACUAACCAAAAGUGUAACUGAUUAAUUGAUUAGAGUAUAAAAUGGGGAAGAUUUUGGAAAUCUCGGUCAGUGAAAGUCGGAAAUGGAGGGAAAUUUCUCACUCUGGAAGCCUGAAGCCAGGAUUUCAACGGAUUCUAGCCAGUUACUGGGAUGGAAUGUGGCCACCAAGGACCUCAAACAGAUCCCAGAACAUUGGUUAACUUACCCCGAACCCGAGGCUUCACUCCACUACCUUCUAGGCCUCGUGUACUUCAUGUUUACCGUCGCCUCGCUCACUGGAAAUGGACUCGUGUUGUGGAUCUUCAGCUCCUCGGCUUCACUACGCACGCCGUCCAACGUCUUUGUGGUCAAUUUGGCUCUGUGUGACUUCAUGAUGAUGCUCAAGGCGCCAAUCUUCAUCUACAACUCCUUCCAGCGCGGCUUCGCCACUGGUGUGACCGGGUGCCAGAUCUUCGCAGCCAUGGGAUCACUCUCUGGCAUCGGCGCUGGUAUGACAAACGCCUGCAUCGCCUAUGAUCGCUACAAUGUCAUCACGAGGCCCUUUCACGCCAAGAUGACCCGCCUGAAAGCCAUCCUAAUAGUUCUCGUCGUCUGGGGAUACACAAUCCCAUGGACCGUUCUCCCUCUCAUGGAGAUUUGGGGCAGAUUCGUUCCCGAGGGAUUUCUCACUUCCUGCUCUUUCGACUACCUCACUGACACUUUCGACAAUCACCUGUUCGUUGGUGCGAUUUUUGUGUGCAGUUACAUGAUUCCCAUGUCAAUGAUCAUCUACUUCUACAGCAAGAUCGUGAGUCAUGUUGUGAAUCACGAAAAGACUCUCAGAGAGCAAGCACGGAAGAUGAAUGUUGACUCUCUUCGAUCCAACGCGAGUUCUUCGAACCAAACAGCAGAAAUCCGGAUCGCGAAGGCGGCAAUAAUGAUUUGCUUCCUCUUUGUGGCCUCCUGGACACCAUAUGGAGUCAUGGCGCUUAUUGGAGCUUUUGGAGAUCGGCGAUUACUCACGCCAGGUGUUACAAUGAUCCCAGCAUGCUGUUGCAAACUCGUCGCCUGUAUUGAUCCUUGGGUUUACGCUAUCAGUCACCCAAAGUACAGACUUGAGUUGCAGAGAAGACUUCCUUGGAUGGCGAUUCAUGAAAAGGAGAUCUCUGACACGGUUUCGGUGACCACAGAAGUUACUCAAGCAGGACAGAAUCAACAGCAAACUAAUACGACAACGACAUAGAAUUUGAAAUAAGUUCAAUCGCGGAACGAUUAUGACGACUUUAGCAAAAGGCAAAAGUGCAUAUCUGAUUGCAAAAUUGCCAAAUUAUAAUGGAAAUGAUUCUGCAUACAAGUUAGCAUAUCCUUCUCCUUUGGUGUCUACAAAAAAUUCAAAAAUUAUCAGAAGUUUUAUUCAUAUGCUUUUGAUGAACCCUUUAUAUUAAGGAUGUUCUGUAGAGCCAAAAUCGUAAUCAAUGGAAACCCAUACCAAUUUUUAUUAAUUUUUUCUCUCAAAAUUAGGUAUAUUAAUGAUAAAUGUAGUACCAUUUCUAAAUUUAGAAAUGAGAUUUCCUUGUGAAAAUCAAAAUUAUAACUUCUUCUUACGAUCGUUAAAUUUAUUUAAAUAAAGUUCCUUGCAAGCAA